GGCGGCAGGCGCCGGGGCCCCAGGUGGGGGCGCCGGGCCCCCAGGAGGGCGGCAGGGCGCCAGGCCCCCAGGAGGGGCGGCGGGCGCCGGGCCCCCAGGAGGGGCGGCAAGCGCCAAGCCCUUAGGAGGAGCAACAGGAGGCACCCGGGCCCCCAGGAGGAGCGGCAGGCGCCGGGCCCCCGAGGCGAGCAGCGGGCACCGGAUCAUCAGGCACGACAACGGGCAUCGGGUCACCAGGCAUCAGGUCAUUUGGCUCGCCAGCGGGCACCGCAUCAUCUGGCAAGGCAGUGGGCACCGAGUCACCAGGCACGACAGUGGGUUCCGAGUCAACUGGCAUUGGAUUGUCUGGCUCGACAGCGGGCA